UCAAUUUUACAUAGUGAAUUUUCAUUUUCAAAAAUUAACUUAAAAUUUUUCAUUAUUAUUUUAAUAAAUAUAUAGAUAGUGUUUAGUUAAGUGUUUAUAAAAAAAACUCUAAACUGCAAAAGAAUAAUAUUCUCAAAAAAAAGUAUUAUAUAAGAAAUUAUAGUGAGUACUUUUUUUAGGAAAUUGAUGUAAAUAAUUUUUAGGAUAAUAAAUAUAAUAGUAUGUUAAGAAAAUAUAUAAUUAUUUUUUAGUUUUGAAAUAUUUCCUAAAUUAAUCAUUUGGUUAAUAUUAAUCAAUUAUGCUAUGCAUACAUAUAGGAAUUGCAUGAUAUUGUAAUUAUCUCACAAUAAAGGUAGAAUCCUAUGAAAAAUUCUGCUUAAAUAGUAUUAUAUGUUUCUAAAUCAUUUUACCUGCUGCGGGGUUUUGGUCUUUGGUUUCAAUCGCAAACAGAAAUAAGCAAUAUUUGGGGAUAGAUAUAAAUUAGACUGAUAUUAUGGAGAAAUCUAUACUAUUAAAAGGGAAGCACUCUUGAAAAAUCUACUUAUAAAAGGUUGUUAGACCUUUUCACUAGAUUAUUAAUAUUUUGAUCUUAUCUAAGAUUUAUACCAACAAUAUAUUACUAUAUAUUUAUUUAACAAUGAUUUAAUCAAUUAGUUAGGUGAUAUAACUAGAUUUCCUAAAUUUUCUAAGAUUUACGUUAAAUAAAAUAUUUUAAAUUUUUGUGACAUGAAUAAAUAACUAAACAGUUUCUAUAUUUCUUGAAUAAAAAAAUCAAAAAUCGAAAAUCGAAUCGAAACCGAACUAAAACUCUAAAAAGAACUGAAUCGAAACCGAACGCGUAGUUUUAAAUGUAUUAGUGAACUAACAAACAAUAAAUUUAUCAAUAAAAAAAUCUCGCGCUUUUAAGCGCGGAUCAAAAUCUUAGUUGGUAUUUAAUUUUCAAGGUAUAAAAUAAGAAUUUAACUUUGUAUGGUGCUAUAUAAUAUUUAGGAGGAUAAAUAGACCGUGUCAGCCAUUUUUUAUGAAAAAGUUAAAAAAAAAACUGUUAUGUAAUUCGAAAUUUGUAAGUAGUACAAACUUUAAUAAGUUGAUUUCCUUUUGUUUUUACUCCUAUAUCGGGGUUUCAAAUUUCCUUUUUUCAGUUAAUCGAAAUUUCCUUUUUUCAGUUAAUCGAAAUUUCCUUUUUUCAGUUAAUUGAAAUUUCCUUUUUUCUUGCAUACUAGUCACCGACUUAAGUCUAUAAAAGUCUGAUAAUCACUCCUCUCUUUCGCUACAAUUUCCUUUUUCGAUAUCUUCCACAAUCUUCUUUCUAUUUCACUCUUCAGUGUAAUUUUUUUUGUCCAGAGCGAUACAAUUUCGAAACCCUAAAAGCAAGUCCGUCUGCAAACUUAAACGAUGCAUUCAAACGAAGAAUUCAUCAAAUUUCUUGGGGAAGGUUCUUACGGCUACGUUCAUCUCGUUCGCUACACUAAUCCCGACGACGGCGGCUCUUCGUUUCUCACCGCCGUAAAGAACUCGUACGAGGAAGACUACGACAAUCUCAACCGAGAGCUUCAGAUUCUGCGUGAACUCAGAGGAUAUCCGAGGAUCAUCACAUGUUUCGGAGACUAUCUCGAAGAAGGCCUCAGCAAUUACGGAAACAGAGUUUACAAAUUGCUUCUCGAGUACGCUUCCGAAGGUAGUUUAAACGCUUUCUUGAACACUUACCCCGACAGAAAGCUUCCCGAACCGUUGAUCAAGGACUUCACGCGGAUGAUUCUCGAAGGUCUGGUCUCGAUCCACGGCCACGGUUAUGUCCACUGCGACAUGAAAUCAGACAAUCUUCUUGUGUUCCCUUCUUCGACAUCACGGUACGAGCUGAAGGUUUCUGAUUUUGGAAACUGUCUGGAAGUAGGACAAGUUGCUCAUUCCUGGGCGAGUGAUUUUCCGUGGGUUGGUACUCCGAAUUACAUGCCGCCGGAGUCGGUCCGUGACGGCGUCGCCAACAAAACCCUAGAUUUAUGGUCGGUGGGAUGUCUGGUUCUGGAGAUGUACACGGGCGUGGCUCCAUGGGAAGGUGUUAAAGUCAGUGAUAUAGCUGCUCGUCUCCGUUGUGGUGAAGCUCCAAAGAUCCUACAGAGUUUGCCUUCCCAUGCAAAGGAUUUUAUCGAAACGUGUUUCUCAAGGAAUCCUGAGGAGAGGGGAAGCGCGUAUGAGUUGUUGUUUCAUCCGUUUUUGCCUCCUCGUCCACAAGUUGAAGAGGGAGAGAAGAAAACAGAGGAGAAGAACCUAAACUCGUUUCUGCUGAGGUUGUUGAAGUUGAAAAUCAGACGAACAACUUCCAUGAAGAAAUCAACGAAGGACUCUGUUCUUGUUGCGGACAAGGAGUCUCUGAAGUUGAGGAUGAACCCACGUUUUAAGAGAACUCUAAACAAAGUCUUGAGUUUGAAGAAUCAUGCCUUUGAAGAAAUUCAUCGACUUCAGUUUAGUGUCGGUUCACUAAGAGUUUAGUCUGAUAGUUUCUGUUCAUUAAGGUUUAGUAGGACUCUCGUUUAUCUCUCUGUUCAUUAAGGUUUGGGAGGACUCUUGUUUAUAUGUUCAAAUUUUUUGAAGAAAUCGACUGACUUCAAUUUAGUGUCUGUUCAUUGAACGUUUAGCAUCUGUUUAGCAUGUAGAGAGUAGAUACUGUCCAUUAAUGUUUAGUAAGUAGACCCGGUUCAUUUAAGUUUAAUAACUCUUUAGUAUGUAGACUGUACUUUAUAUCCAUUAAUUUUAGUGUAUAUUUUCUGUUGAUUAAGUUUAGAAUAUUUCUUACUUAGCUCGUAGAGCAAAUUUACGUUUAUCCGAGGUCUCACUAUGAGACUAUAGCUGCUAAUAUAAUACUUCUUUUCAGUCUAUAUUUCCCACUAUACAGAGAUCUCUUCUCUGCAAACUCCAGUCUCGAUCUUUUUACUGUGGUCAGCAAUCGAAAAGAAACAUCUUUUAACACUGGGUAUCCUAAUAUACCUGAAAAGAAACCAUUGAUGA